AAACAAGAGAGUCUGAAAUAUCUCCUGCCAUCCGCAGCGGGAGAUGCCUUCUUGCUGUUCCAAAAUAUGGUCAUUUCUGGUUUAACCUCCAGUCACCUAGAGAUUUUGGAAGAAAGGAAGAAUGAAGACUCAGACUGCUUUGGUUUCAUUGUCUGAAGAUCAGGAAAGAGGCUUAGGAAUGCAAGUCUGAUAACUCUGAUCGUGUCCUGAGGUAAAAUGGCCACAGCUGAAGAAGGAGAUCUCCAGCUUCCUGUCCAACUAGAGCACACAGUGCAGACCACUAUUAAAAUGGAGGACGAAAGCUCAACAAGCUCCCAGCUGAGAGAAAAGUCAAGAAAAGCUCCGCAUGUCCUCCAAGCUGGGAAUAUCAGGGGAUUCCUGCAAAAGAGUCCGGGAGAGGAAAUGAAACAGGAACAAGUCGAGGGACAGCUUCAGAGAUGGGAAGUUCAAUGGCAGGAGUUCCUGAAGACGAUGGAAGCCUCUCCAUCAAACUGGAAGAAUCCACAGUUGAGGGAUAAGUGUGCCUCUUCAGGUGUACCUCAGGCGGUUCCCACUCUGCUUCAAGGGCAGUCUGCCACUGGCUGCCAAACUGCAGGAGAGCAGGUGGCCCAGAAUCUACCAGAUCCUUGUAAAUCUCAUGGGCAAGUGUAUAACAAGCUCAAAUAUGGAGAUUUGGGGCAAAUGAAGGAAGAAAUGGAGGGUCAGGAAGCUCUUGGCGCAGAAGUACAACGCCAGCGCUUCAGGAAAUUCCUUUAUCUGGAGGCUGAGGGACCUCGCAGUGUUUGCUUCCAUCUCCAGGAACUUUGCCGUCGGUGGCUGCAGCCCGAGAGACACACAAAAGAGCAGAUCUUGGAGCUGGUGAUCCUGGAGCAGUUCCUGGCUGUCCUGCCCCUGGAGAUGUUGAACUGGGUUAAACAACGUGGCCCAGAGACCUGCUUCCAGGCAACUUACCUAGCAGAGGAGUUCCUGCUAGAAAAGCAAGCAGCGGAAGGGCUGGAGGAGCAAGGAUGCGAGCAAAGGCAAAAGUCAGCCCUGAACACUUCCAAAACAGCACAGUCUUCCUUGGGGCUCUGGCAGAUGCCAUUCCUCCAGGAGGUGGAACAGGAAGGUGACAGUGGAGGUGGAAGUUUCCCAGGAAAACAGUUCAAGAGUACAAAUGAGGAAGAGAAGUGCAGUUUGGAAGGAUCACACCACAUAGCUGCCAGUGAUGUAUCCAAGAGAAAAGCAAAUGAGAUGCUGUUCCAGAGUCAUAGAUGGGAAUCAAGGUGUCCACAUGGGCCAGAACAGAAAGAAAAGUACCCCAAGGUGGGAAUGCGAGAGUCAGUUCCUUCUCAGGGUUCCAAACAGGUCUUUAAAACUAUCAUGCAAGACAGAAAACACCAGUGGCAGAACCUGCGCACAGUCGGUGGCAGAAGUUUCCAGCAGUCAUCAGACAUUGUCAAAUGUGAGCCCAACCAAGUGAGGCGUAAGCGGUACUCCUGCUCAGACUGUGGUAGAACUUUCUUCAUGUUCUUAGCUCUGAGGACUCAUCAGAGAACCCAUGGAGACUAUGAAAGAAGUCAAGCAAGAAGGGUGGGCCAUACAGUAGGCCCAAUUCUAUAAACUUUGAAAACAGGGUUACCGAGCCAUACCUGGCAACUGGUGGGAAGCUUGGAGGUGAGGAAAAAAUGGGUAGACCUUGAUGUCCUGUGUAAUGCUAUGUCAUUUCUGGAGGAAACCCAGAAGGGCUGCCAGGUAACUCUAGGAAUCACUGGAAAUCAUAGAGUUGUUGGUGAUUCCUAGAUUUACUCUGCGUCACAUCCUGGUUUCCCCUGGAACUUAUGUAAGGUUGCAUAUGCUUCCAUUUCUUUCCCUCCUGCCUUCUGUUGGAGCAGCAUUGGACAGCAGGAGCUGGGGGAUGGGGAAUUCACUGUCCUCCUUUUUGAAGCGCUUAAUUAUCGCCUGAGCUUUGUAUCUUGUGCAAAAUAUGAUGCAUUUCAAACAUGCAUAGAUUUAUUUAAAUUAGUUUGUUUGUGUAAGUUAAGAAACUUUUUUAGUCAUAAGGCUUUAGGUUCUGAUAUGCCUUUCUUUGGAUGAAAAUCUGGGUCUACUCCAAAUGUUGAUUAAUCUAAUACUGUAAUACAAAAUAUUUCAUCUACUAACUUAUGUAAGCCAGCUUUUAUUGUUCAGUAUUGGCACCAACCUGGCUGGUGAUAGUGAGGAGUGUUCUUUGGAAGCCUUCCACUAAUGACUCUCUACCAAUCAGAGUGGAGAUACAUGGAGUAAUGGAUUCAAACUAUGGGAAAAGAAAUUCUACUUAAACAUUAGGAAGAAUUUUCUGACGGCAAGGGCUGUUUGACAG